AUGCCAAGCUUCGCGCCGCACUCAAAGAUCAGCGGCGCCGUGCUGCAGAUGGCGGCGCGCAAUGCGACAUUGAACGGCGUGACACUGAUGCUCCUGGCUGCCACCAACGACGAGUACGUGGGCUCAUCCAUCCUGCACAACGGGGGCCCGUUUGGGAGCGAAACCCUCAGCAUGUUCCUGCAGCACAUCAAGCCGGGGACCACGGUUGUGGAUGCUGGCUGCAACUUGGGGUCGUACGCCGCCUUCUUUGCGGCAAAAGUCGGGCGUGGCGGCAAGGUGCACUGCUUCGAGCCGCAAAACAAGAUGGCCCAGCUGUCUGCCGCCAACGCUGUGGUAAACGGUUUCAGUGACAUCAUGACCGUGCACCACGUGGCGCUGUCGUUUGCACCCGGAGAGGUCCAGAUGUCGGGCAAGCUGGUGGAUGGCUCGCAGGAAGGCGCGAACAUGGCGGACGCGGAGUCGCGCCACGCGCCCAUCAACUACGGCGGCAUGAACCUGGGAAAGGGUGGAGAGGUGGCGCAGGCGAUCACCCUGGACUCGCUGGGCCUGACAGGCAUCUCAUUCAUCAAAGUUGACGUCCAAGGCGCCGAGCAACUCACGCUCUUUGGAGCCCAGGCGAGCGGCCGGGCCUGGCCAGAGUGCCCUUGGCAGCGGGCGCCUGGCGAGGCUGCGCAGCGUUCGCGUGCGCCGCGGGCUGGCUGA